CCGGGUGACCGGCCCUAGCCGGUAACAAAGAGACGAACGCGCACUACUCGCGAGAGAGAGAGACUCCUUCCUCGCUCACCGCCUCUAAUGCCGCCCAGUAGCUAGGGUUGAUCGAUCCGCGGGUAUUCCUUCCCUUCCACAGGUAUGGCAAUGGAGGCUUGAUCGCGAAUCGCGGCGCGCCGCCGGCGAUUCGAUCGAUCGCAGCGAGGUCAGAUGAGGCCGGAAGCCCGGCGCUAUCGCCAGAAUGGAGGCGUGGAUGCCGAGCUCCAGCGCAAGCGCACCAAUGACAAGAAGAAGGCCGACGAGGAUGAUAUCUCACAACCAGGAGGAGGAGGAGGAGGAGGAGGUGGUGGCGGCGGCGGGGUGGCGCUGCCUGUGAUAAGAAGCUUUGCUCUUCGGCUCCUGGUAGUCUUGUUAUUUGCGGCAGCAUCCAUGACCAUUCUUUUCGUUCCUACGUCUACCAGAAGAGGAACGUCGCGCUCUGAAGACUCGAGCUUCCAGGUCCGGGGGUCCUUGCGCAACACCAGUGACGAGAAGCUCUUGCGCUGGCUGCAAGACACUGGCGAGCUGACGGCCUUGAGAAGCAGCCUGGACGUGGGUGGAGCUCUCAAGAUUGGCCUCGUCAAUUUCGACGACAAGUCGAGCACUCUUCCGUGGGAGGUUUUCAGCGGUGGAGAGACGCCCAGGUUGAUACGCUUUGAGGCUGUCUCCGAGAACACCAGCUGGUCCGACCUCUACCCCGAGUGGAUUGACGAGGAGGAGCGCUGGAACACCCCGACAUGCCCACACUUUCCAAUGCCUACGAAGCACAAGAACCUCAACCUGCACCUUGUGGCUGCAAAGGUGCCUUGUGAUCGAGCCAAGGAUCCGAAAGACUGGACGAGAAGUGUCAAGCGUCUACACACGCUCCUCGUCGCAGCUAGAGUUGCUCUCGACACCGGCCAGCGUCAACAAGGCUACACAUACGUGCUUCUCGACGACGAGUGCAGGCCAUCUCCAAACAUCUUCCCCUGCCGCGAGCUUGUCAGCCACCAAGGGAGUUUCUGGCUCUUCAAAGCCGACCUCAAGCGGCUCGAGAAGACUCUCGCGCUUCCUCCUGGAUCAUGCCAACUUUCGGUGCCGAUAACGGGUAACCGGCGUGCACCCCGCAAGCAUGCGUCACGAGAAGCCUACGCAACCAUCCUCCACUCGGCACAGUUCUACGUGUGUGGCGCCAUCUCGCUCGCUCGGAGCAUCCGAAUGAGCGGGUCCAAGCGGGACCUUGUCAUCCUGGUUGACGAGAACAUCCAUCCGCAUCACAGGGAGGGGCUCGAGGCAGCCGGGUGGAGAGUGAUCCAGAUCCAGAGGAUACGGAACCCCAAGGCGGAGCCCGAGUCAUACAACGAGUGGAACUACAGCAAGUUUCGGCUAUGGCAGCUGACCGAGUACCACAAGCUGAUAUACAUCGACGCGGACAUCAUCCUGCUGCGCAACAUGGACUUCCUCUUCCAGAUGCCGGAGAUCUCCGCGACGGGAAACCACGAGAGCAUGUUCAACUCGGGCGUCAUGGUGAUCGAGCCAUCCAACUGCACGUUCGAGAUGCUCAUGCAGCAGAUCAACGAGGUGGAAUCGUACAACGGUGGCGACCAGGGAUACUUGAACGAGGUGUACACCUGGUGGCACAGACUGCCCAAGCACAUGAACUUCCUCAAGCACUUCGGCCUCAACGAUAGCGAGGAGCUCGCGCACAGGUUGGAGCUGCUGGGAAGCGAGCCACCGGUGGUGUACGCGAUGCACUUCCUCGGCCUCAAGCCGUGGCUGUGCUUCCGCGACUACGAUUGCAACUGGAACCAGCAGAAGCUGCACGAGUACGCCAACGAUGCCGCGCACGCUCGCUGGUGGAGAGUUCACGACAGCAUGAGCAAGAAGCUCCAGGGCUACUGCCUCCUCCGCAGCAAGCAGAAGGCGAGCCUCGAGUGGGACAGGCGGCAGGCCGAGCAGCAGCGCUUCCCGGACGGGCACUGGCGGAUCAAGAUCAGGGACUCGAGGCUCCGGACGUGUUUCGAGGAGUUUUGCUACUGGGAGAGUAUGCUCUGGCACUGGGGCGAAGAUCAGCAACAGCCUCCUCCUUCUCGUGCUGCUCUCGUGGACAACAAUUCUGCUGCUGCUGUGGUCACCACCUGAUCGAAAAAAGAUAUUUUUUUGCGAUCCAGAUCUUUGAUCUUUGAUCUUUGAUCCAAACUCUCGGGGUUUAGUCCGUAAGAUCAUGAGUUCCUACGUGGCCCCUCGAGGACCCAGAAAUCGAGCUAUCUAUCUUGGA